AUGGACAAAGCACAUCCAUUAAGUACUUCACUGAUGGUACGAUCACUUCAAGUGAGUAAAGAUUCAUUCCGACCUCAAGAAGAGAAUGAGGAAUCUCUUGACCCUGAAGUACCUUAUCUUAGAGCAAUUGACGCACUUAUGUAUGUUGCUAAUUCUACUAGACCUGACAUAGAAUUUUCUGUUAAUUUAUUAGCAAGAUUUAGUUCUUCUCCUACAUUAAGACAUUGUAAUGGACUUAAACAUAUAUUGCGAUAUCUAAAAGGGACUAGUGAUAUGGGUCUAUUUUAUACUAACAAAGAUAGUACAGAUUUUAUUGGUUAUGUAGAUGCAGGUUAUUUAUCUGACCCACAUAAAGCUCGAUCUCAAACAGGCUAUCCGUUCACAAACGGAGGUACUUCGGUUGUUUAUCAAAAAACGGGUGUGACGGAUUCGAAUACGGAGAAUAGAGGGGUUGGUUGUGUUGGUGCUCUGGAUUGUUUAUUGAAUAUAGUCCGGGCACUCCGGACGGGGUCCUGCUUAACUUAUGAAAGCAGGACCCCUGUUCCGGGUUCUCCUACAUCUGCUGUUGGAGUUAAGAAGAAGAAGAGUAGGAGGGUAUCUAGGAAUUCUUCCUUCAACAAAUGCAAGGAAGAACAGCUGCGUAAGACUCCUGGACGAUUGUUCUUGAAUGGAUCGAGCGAGGCAGCUUCACUCUUCACUCAGCAAGGCAAGAAAGGAACGAAUCAAGAUGCCAUGGUUGUUUGGGAGAACUUCGCUUCCAGAACAGAUACUGUAUUCUGUGGUGUUUUUGAUGGCCACGGUCCUCAUGGCCAUAUGGUUGCCAAGCGAGUCAGAGAUUCCCUUCCCUCGAAGCUAAGUGCACAUUGGGAAGUUAGUCUGAAAAGUGAGGAUGUCCUAAAGGAGAUCAGUCUAAAUGCUGGGGCUAGCCUAUAUCCCGAGGAUGCUUCCCUUAUAUCCGCGGCCGAUGACUCUAGGGUUUCAAUUGAUGUUGAAGAGACUGGAAAGCACCCAGAGAUCUUUCAGACUUUGAAGGAAUCAUUUUUGAAGGCUUAUAAGGUUAUGGACAGGGAACUGAAAAGCUACACUAAUAUUGACUGCUUCUGUAGUGGGACAACAGCUGUAACCCUUAUUAAACAGGGCCAGGAUCUUGUUAUAGGAAAUGUAGGCGACUCCCGAGCAAUUCUAGGUACCAGAGACAAAGAUGGUUCUCUAACUGCUGUACAAUUGACAGUGGAUCUGAAGCCUAAUCUACCAGCGGAGGCUGAAAGAAUUCGUAAAUGUAGAGGGCGUGUUUUUUCUCUUCAUGAUGAACCAGAGGUUGCAAGAGUGUGGUUGCCAAAUAGUGACUCUCCUGGACUUGCCAUGGCACGUGCUUUUGGAGAUUUUUGCCUGAAGGAUUUUGGUCUCAUCUCUGUACCCGAAAUAUCAUAUAGGCGUUUAACAGGAAAAGAUGAGUUCAUUGUUCUGGCAACUGAUGGGAUAUGGGAUGUACUUACAAAUGAUGAAGUUGUAAAGAUUGUUGCAUCUGCUUCAUCCCGUUCGUCUGCAGCUCGAUCGCUAGUUGAAUCAGCUGUUCGAGCCUGGAGGACAAAAUACCCUACUUCUAAAGUUGAUGAUUGUGCAGUUGUUUGCCUUUUUCUUGAUUCAAACUCAAACAACUUGUCCACUGCUUCCAAUACAGAAGACAGUGACAAGACUGUCUCAAUGAAAGCAAAUGAAGUUGGUGCCAAGACAGGUGAUGCCUCAGGUCCAACUGCAUUUACUCGUUCUGGAACUGUUCGAGAAGUUGAAGUUUCAGAAGAAGAGAUAGAGGAAGCAUCAGAACAUGAGGAACUGCUCUCAGAGGUGGGGGCGGAAUGGUCUGCACUGGAAGGGGUUUCCCGGCUGAACACAUUAUUGACACUGCCAAGGUUUGUGCCUGACAAGGACGAGAAUUAAACUGUCUGGAAUCGAACUCAAAGAAGCAACAGAGGGUGAGAUUUCCAAGUUUGGAUUUAUUUCUUUCGGUUAUUUUUCAAUUUUUAUUUAGUUCCAUCCAUUUUAAGGUCUCACAUAUCUAUCUACUGGGAGGGAAAAAAAAUAGGGGCAUUUUAUAUUUGUUGUAGACUGGAGAGGUGGCCCCAGCUAUAUUAGAGUGUCUGGGAAUCAUCCAUUCUCUUCCUAGUGUUGGUAAAAGUGGAAUUUUUGUAAAAACCAACUCUCCUGUCUUGGUUGCUAGCUUUCUUUUCUUUCGCAUAUAUACCAAGAUUGUGUGUACCUUAUCAAAGAGAUAUCGAGAUUGUGUGUUUUUCCAUCA